GAAGAGAUGGAAUAGUUCUGUCUGUCUUACCAUUGGAAAUCUAAGUCAUCUACCUACUGGAGAGUAACGACGGGAAAUACAGGAACCAAUCAUCCUGCCACGAGUGCCGAUGCCGAUGGCAUGCCAUCACACCCUCUUGCUACUGGUCGCCUUGGGAGACCCCUUCGACAUCUCCAUUUCCAUCUCCAUCUUUUCCUUCUCCCCCACCUCUCUGAUACUGAUAAAUCAUGUAAUAUGGACUGGACCCUGCGAUACCAAACCACUAUAGUAGGUAACAGGUACCCUACAGUAGAGGUAAGCGUGCAUAUAUGUACACCUGCAGUCGGCCUGCCUCCAUAUUGCAGACUGAUCUUAUCCCUUAUCCUUAUCAGUGUUGUGAUGAUGAGGGGUUCGUUGGAGGGGGGAAGCUAGGGUGACGUCAGGUGUCCUCUAUUCACUAUCGUUUAUCUUUUAUGUCCUAAGCUUAGUUGAUUCUUCAUCUGUUGGUCCGAGUCUGUUGGUCCCAUGUUACAACUAUGGCUGAAGUGGCGCAGCCAACAGACAGCGGGAAGAGAAAGAGGGUGUGAAGACGCAGAAGCCCUCUCAGAGAAAAGGCAUGCAUAGUGUUGACAAAGCCCAUACUGAAAUUAUGUAUA